GGCUUGCGCCUUUCCAAGUCGCUGCGCUUUUUUUGCACAUCACAUGCUGUGCAUGUAUAUACGAUCAUCUCCGCCAAAUGCGAUCUGCCGCUGUCCACCUCACUUCGCAGCUGCUCUCGCUAUUGGUGCACCUUCACUCAGCUCCUAGAGGAUAUCGCCGUAGCAAAUCGCUCACGCAUACACGGUUCCGCGUCUUGGCACUGCGCGCAGAGGAUUGCAGAGUCCAGCAUCUUCCGUGCGCGAGCUUCGCAAGAGGUCCAUCACGCGUGUGACAAGAUUGCAAUGCCUCAAGAGCACUCCACCACGUCCAGCUUCCGAGCUUCCUUCUCCACGCUCGUACCGGCAUACUUCGAGCGCUACCCGAACCCGCUGGCAAAUCAUGUCAUCUGCGCGGAUGUCAUCGAUCGUCGACUCGUCCCUCUAGAUGCAUCCUCUAGCUCCUCCUCCUCCUCCUCAUCCGCUUCGUACACUCGCUAUGGCUUGCGCACUACGCGGCUCAUCCUCAAGAAGGGCACGCUUCCUGCCUGGGCACCCAAAGGCAUUCUACGAAACAGCGAGAGCUGGGUGUUAGAGGAGAGUCUUGUGGAGCUCGAUGCGGCUGAUCAGAAUGAGGGAAGAAGGAUGCACACUUGGACCAGGAACUUGGAUCACACCACCGUGCUGGCGGUUACUGAAGGUCUGACGCUGACUGAGCGAAUCUCCUCGAGCAUCAAAUCCGGCGGAGAUGCGGAUGUGAAGGGGAAACAGCCUCUUAGAGGCGAUCAAGCAUCCACAGGAAUUGACUCCGUGUCAGAGAGCACAGUCGCUUGCCUCUCGCGCGGGCACAUCACUUCCAGCGUAUCGGCCGCAUUCCUAGCGAGGCGAAUAGAAAAAUUUGGCCUGAAGCGUUUCGUCGCGCACGCAGAGACGAGUCAUGACGGCUUGCUCCUGGUGCAUGCGGCUCUUCUCCGAGCCGCAUCAGGCGAGCCACCUUCGUCUCACUCGACCACCAUGACGAAGAGAGGCAAGCUUGCUCAAGCUCUGAGACCGCCAUUUUUGGACGGCUAUCCACCCAGCUUGAUCGUGAGGGCUAGGAGGAAGUACGAGCAGGCAAGAGGAUGGUGGAAGGAUUUGAGACGAGGCGGCACGAACGACGAGACGCUCAAGAGGGAGAGACCGGAUGGAGAGGAUGCUAGGAGAGGCAUAUUCAGGCCUGCUGACUGGCUGAGGAGCAGAUUGGUGGGCCUUCGAGGAACGGAAGAGCGAGAUCAUGGAACUGUAACCUCAUGAACGACAUCAAUAAUGGCUGCGUUUCUGGUCAGCACUCGAAGUGCCUAUGGAAGACCGAUAGCUUGUCGUGGUGCUCCUGGUUGUCCUCUACAUCAAAGAGGAGUCGGAGGCGAAUGUGCGCGGAGGGUGGCACAGGUAUGCUCACUACCGAAUCAGCCUAGGGUGUCCUCAACCCUCCAAUACCAAUCAUUGACACAAAGCGCAUCGCUUUGGUCAUUCGAUCUAAUCUCGGAGCUUUCAUAAGGACCCCUCAUGGCGCAGCUCCCGAUACAC